AUGACGACAGAGAAGAGCCCAGCGGCAGACGCCGACAGCUCGGAGCAGCAGCAAGCCAAGGAGGAGGAAGGAGCUGCUGAAACACAAAAGCAAGAGGCUUCCCUGGAGGAAGGGGCUCAGCCCACAUCGGAGGGGCAGCCUGGGGGGGGCCAGAAGCAGAAAGCCUCCAACGGCGACACCCCCACGCACGAGGAGCAGAGCAAGAAGGAACGUCGCACUUCCGAGGGCCGCGGGCUCUCCCGCCUCUUCUCCUCCUUCCUCAGGAGGCCCAAGUCUCAGGUGUCCGAAGAGGACAAGGACACUGAUGCUCCUAAAGAGUCAGGAGGUGACCAGAGAGAUGCAGGGUUAGGAGCCAGCCCUGAUGAAGACAUCCUGGUGAAGGCCCCGAUUGCAGCUCCUGAGCCUGAGCUCAAAACUGACCCAUCCCUGGAUCUCCAUUCCUUGAGCAGUGCAGAAACACAGCCUGCACAGGAGGAGAGGAGGGACGAGCAGGAGCCAGAGGGUAAAGACUUGGGAGACAAGGAGGAAGGGGAAGUGAAGGAAGAGAGUGCCAAGCCAGAGCCGAAACCAGAAACUCCAGAGACCAAAGCAGAGAAGGAUUUGAAAGCUGCCCAGAAGGCAGUGAAGAGACACAGGAACAUGUACUGCAAAGUUGUCUUGCUGGAUGACACCAUUUUUGAGUGUUCUGUGGAUAAACAUGCCAAGGGGCAGGAUCUACUCAAAAAAGUCUGUGACCACCUCAAUCUGCUGGAAGAAGACUACUUUGGUUUGGCCAUAUGGGACACACCAACCUCCAGGACGUGGCUGGAUCCUGCCAAGGAAAUAAAAAAGCAGGUUCAUGGAGGCCCCUGGGAUUUCACCUUCAAUGUCAAGUUUUAUCCACCAGAUCCUGCACAGCUCACGGAGGACAUAACCAGGUAUUACCUGUGUCUUCAGCUCAGGCAGGACAUCCUCACGGGGCGUCUGCCCUGCUCCUUUGCCACCUUGGCUCUGCUGGGAUCCUACACUGUCCAGUCUGAGCUGGGAGACUAUGAUCCCGAGCUGCACGGCCCAGAUUACAUCACUGAGUUCAAACUGGCCCCAAACCAGACAAAAGAGCUUGAAGAGAAGGUCGUGGAGCUUCAUAAAACGUACAGAUCCAUGACUCCAGCCCAGGCAGACCUGGAAUUUCUUGAGAAUGCAAAAAAGCUGUCCAUGUAUGGAGUCGACCUUCACCAAGCCAAGGACUUGGAAGGAGUAGAUAUCACUCUGGGAGUCUGUUCCAGUGGCCUUCUUGUUUACAAAGAUAAACUGAGAAUCAACCGUUUCCCCUGGCCCAAAGUCCUGAAGAUUUCCUACAAGCGCAGCAGCUUCUUCAUCAAGAUUCGGCCGGGGGAGCAAGAACAGUAUGAAAGUACAAUUGGAUUCAAGCUACCAAGUUACCGAGCAGCAAAGAAGCUGUGGAAAGUAUGUGUUGAACAUCACACCUUCUUCAGGCUGACUUCCACCGAGGCCAUCCCAAAGAGCAGGUUCCUGGCGCUGGGCUCCAAGUUCCGCUACAGCGGGCGGACGCAGGCGCAGACGCGGCAGGCGAGCGCCCUGAUCGACCGCCCCGCGCCCCAGUUCGAGCGCACGGCCAGCAAGAGAGCCUCCAGGAGCCUCGAUGGAGCAGUGGCUGUGAUAACCCCCGAGCGGAGUCCCCGACCCACCUCUGCCCCAGCCAUCGCCCAGAGCCACGUGGCAGAGCCAGUCCCAGCCAAGCCUGAUGUGAAGGAUGUGGCCACAGUUAAAGUAGGAAAGGAAGCAGCAAAACCUGAUGUGAGACGUGAAGAAUUCCCACCGGAGAAAGCCAAGCCAGAAACAACUGAUGCCUCAAAGGUGAGGAAAACACACAUUGAGGUCACAGCCCCCACCACGAAUGGUGCUCAGCCCCAGCAGCCUGCAGAGAAAGAGGAAGAGCUGAUAAGAAUGAGGAAGAAGAGAUCAAAGAGGCUAGAUGGUGAAAACAUUUAUAUCAGGCAUAGCAAUUUAAUGUUGGAGGACCUAGAUAAGACCCAAGAAGAAAUCAAGAAGCAUCAUGCCAACAUCAGUGAGCUGAAGAAGAACUUCAUGGAGUCCGUCCCAGAGCCUCGGCCGAGUGAAUGGGACAAACGUUUGUCCACUCACUCCCCGUUCCGAACCCUCAACGUCAACGGGCAGAUCCCCACGGGAGCUGACGGACCCCCACUAGUGAAGACACAGACUGUCACCAUCUCCGACGUGUCCAGCGCUGUCAAAAGUGAAAUCCCCACCAAAGAAGUCCCCAUUGUCCACACAGAGACUAAGACCAUCACCUACGAAGCUGCACAGACAGAUGGUGGCAAUGGGGAUUUGGACCCUGGCAUCCUGCUGACUGCCCAGACCAUCACUUCAGAAACCACCAGCAGCACCACCACCACCCAGAUCACCAAGACUGUAAAAGGUGGAAUUUCAGAGACACGGAUUGAGAAGAGGAUUGUCAUCACAGGAGAUGCAGAUGUAGACCAUGACCAGGUCCUAGCGCAGGCGAUCAAGGCCGCGAAGGAGCAGCACCCAGACAUGUCGGUGACCAAAGUGGUUGUGCACCAGGAGACUGAGAUUGCAGAGGAGUAG